UUUGAUUUAUUUUUUUUUUAUUUUUUUUUUGCCAGUACAAUGAAGGAAGUGGCCUGCUUUUGCAUGAGUUUUUCUUCCUUGUGGGAACAGAUGGUAAAGGCUUACAAAUACAUAACUGGUAUUUUUUCAGUGACUCAUACCUCAGAGCAACAAGCUUCAGAUCAUGAUAAGCAGCCAACCAAGAUGGAUGUAACCUUACUUGAGGAGCAGUAUGACCAUAUAAAACAGAAGCAAAAGCUGCAGUCACACAUUAUUGUAUUUAAAACAGGUGCACAGGAAUCUGUUCUCCCAGAAUCGAUGGUCAGCACUGUUUUAAUUAAUAAAAAAGUUAGAAAAUCGAAGUCAUUUACAGAACAUGUUCCCAUCAGAAAGGUCAGACUGGAGGUGACCAGCAAUGGCAACGUGCAAGACAACUCACCGUGGCGCACUCACCUGGGAAUUCACCGCUUGGCGCAAGCCCCUUGUCAAGAAGUUCCCUGGGAUCCUUCUCACUGCAGGAAUGGACCAUGCAGUUUUGACAACCAGAGACUGAUUUCAAAGGAAAGCAGCCCACUGCAGCACCAGGAAUUAGAAGGUGAGGGUGAACUAUCUGCACUCAGUCAGCUGGGAAGUUCAAGCAUGGUGAACGGUUUCAGCAAAGAGAACAGCAGCAACGUUGCAGAAAGCUGCCCAGAGCCUCCUCCGAAAUCAGUCGCUUCGGCAGUUUGGAUGCAGCAAUACAUUUCCUCUACAAAAUGCACGCCAGCUUGCCACAAGCUAGACUUUUACCCUUUCCCCAAUAAAAAAGCACCCAGAAUUUCCGAAGCAGCAAGGAGGCUUGGGUUGUACGUCUCACGAUGAAGACCUUCGGUAAUACCUAAAAUUUAGUCCAAGAAAAAAAAAAAAGAAUAAAGCUUAAAACAGCAAAACAGUCUUCCUAGUUACCCUGAUCAACCUGCUGAAGGCCUAAUUAGUCAAGGAAGAUCUUCUCUAAGUAAUCUGUUGCUUUUCAGACCAAUGUAAAGUGACAUUGUGUAAUGAAGACGCUGGACUGCAACAGAAACUCACUUCUGCUGCUAUUCCAGAUACAAGAGCAAUUAUCUGUUUGUUUGUUUCCUUCUCUAUUUUCAGGUUACUUGUUUUAGAAACUAAAAUUUUAUCACAACAGCAUUUGAAAUACCUGAAAGAGCUGGAGCAAAGAUUAGCAAAACUGCUAAUGAAGCAACUUGGCUAAAUCUCAGUGUGGUACAAUUUGACUAGACAAAUAAGUAAUGAAGCAGUAUUGAAGGUGAUUUAUACAGUAAACAUGAUUCGAUAAUUAUCUUUCCUUUUGGAACAGUUGAAAAGAUAUUCGUGAUACUUCUCAGUGUAUUUUUAAAAUCAAUGAAUAAAACCUGUGCUCAUUUCUAUUGUUGUUUUAAUGGGAUAUAGUAAAUGGCACCUUUUCCCUAUAUGUAAAUCCUAUUAAAACAUACUGCUGGUUC